UUGAGGAUACUACAAGAAGAGUCGGGGUUGCAAUUUCUAUCUCGAACGACGAAAUUGAUCGUCGAUGCCGAGUAACUUUGAUGUAUGGCACCGUUAGCAGCAACGAUUCUUGCAUUAAGAAUACCCGAUCUUGAAAUUUUCGAGUGGUCGAUGAAUGACAACAUGUGUCGGUAUCCGGAGUUGCGGUCUUCUGUACAAGGUGACUUUGCUCGUGGUCUCGGGAGCUUGAUUAUGACCGAACUCCAGCGUCAAACUCGAAUACAUGCAUGGAACGCCUGAGAACGAAAGUUUUCGAAGUGCAGAUGUGAUUGGCAGCUCAGUUCUCGAUCCGUCCAGUAGCAAGCUCCGAGAGUUUUCUCAAACGUGCAAUCUGUGCACCAUUAAGCUUACAAGCCCGAUCUGUAUCGAACCCGAGCUUUAUACGGACAGACUCAGAGCAGGGAGGAUCGGCGCAGAAGCGGCCCCUGCUCCAGAAGAUUCAGAUAGGUAUUUCUCCUGUUUGUCCCGACGUUGGGUGAUAUCUUGUUCGCAACGCGGAUGCGGAAGAAGAAUUCGAUGAUGAGGAAAUGCCGGAUGAUGACGAAAUUUUGUCCAAAGCUCGGACGACUUGGCCGAUUUCGAAUCUCAGAAAUCUUUCGAGUUAGACGAGAGCCAGCCCUAGUUUUUCCAAUCCUAACAUGAGAUGAGUCGCAGCGGUCGUCGGCCCUAUCGCUGGUCCGAUCAUGGCUAUCACCAGAAUUAGAAAAGCUGUUCAAGGCCGCAGCCCGUCACACGGCAUACGUGAGAAAAUUCUCUGAUGGAUUUGCUGGGAUAUAAAUGACAGUACAACCAUACGACCUUAACUUUCAAUUCGUCUCAAGUGGACACAUAAGUCGCACAGAUCUAGAUCAGCAUGAAUUGCAUCGCAGCCGCUUGGUCUGCAGAGGUGGCCACAAGCAAGUCAAGCAAGUCUGGAGCCUGGACUUGGCUUGACUUGAGGCCUCAAAACCGUGGGCUUGACUUGCUUGAGAG